AUGGAAAACCGCCAACUACCAUAUCUAAAUCGAUACAGCGGGGCCAACUCGAGUAUCCCCACUCUCGAAACCAAAUCCCCAAUCGCAACCUUCAGCCAACCAGAAAGAGACAGAGACGCCCCAGCCCAAACUCCCUGGUAUAACCCACAAGGCUGGUCCCUGCGCAAGAAACUCAUCGUCGCCGGAACAACCAUUGUAACCGUAUUGGCUGCAAUCCUAAUCCCUCUCGAGGUAAUCCAAAACCGCUACCCAAACUACACUCCCUUGAAGUACACCCUCAUAGACGACUACUCCGGUCCAACCUUCUUCGACCAAUUCACCUAUUUCACAGACGAGGACCCAACAAAGGGCUUCGUCGUCUACGUCAACGAAUCAACGGCAAGACAUCUAAACCUCACAUAUGCAUCCGAAUCAUCGGCCAUCCUGCGCGUCGACGCUUCAACGCCGAAUGCCCGCUCCGGUCGAAACUCUGUCCGUGUUGAGUCGAGAAAUACAUAUGAUUCAGGCCUCUUCGUCUUUGAUAUCAUUCAUACUCCCUUCGGCUGUGCAACCUGGCCUGCUCUGUGGUUGACAGAUGGUUAUAACUGGCCGACGAAUGGCGAGAUCGAUGUUCUUGAAACUACAAAUGUUGGAAGCCAUGGGAAUGAAAUCUCCAUUCAUACUACCAAGGGAUGUCAUAUGGACGUCAAGCGGAAACAAACCGGCCAGGCUAUCUUUAAGAACUGCGAUAAUGCCACGGACGGGAAUUCUGGCUGCGCUGUCAUCGGUGAUGAGAAUAGUUACGGCGAGGCAAUGAAUAAUCGUGGUGGUGGUGUUUAUGCACUUGAACUCCGUGAUGCGGGUAUUCGGGCUUGGUUCUUCCCCAGUGGAAAUGUCCCUGCUGAUAUCACGGCGGGGUAUCCUGAUCCGAGUACCUGGGGGAUUGCGCUAGCGGAUUUCCCGAGUACCAGCUGUGACAUUGCGUCGCAUUUCAAAAACCUUAGUAUCAUUGUCAAUAUUGAUCUCUGUGGUGAGCUUGCUGGUCAGAAGCAGUAUUAUGAUGAUUUGUAUCAUUGUCCGGCGACUUGUUCGGGCUUUGUUGCUAGCAGUCCUGGCAGUUUUGUUGAUGCUUAUUGGGAGUUCAAUAGUUUCAAGGUUUAUCGUGCUUCUUGA